AUGCACUCCCCAUCCGAUAAAGGAAAUAGAAGAAACUCUUCAGAGCGGAAGAAGAUUCCGCUCCAUUACAGCACACAUACCAGUGAAGAAGAUUCAUCGCAGCAGCAGAGCCACUUCACCUUCGCGGCGUGUGCGCCACCACAAGCUCCGAGUGCAUCACCGCGCAGCGCCACCGAACAACCGUCGUGGCAGAGACACCGCGUGCACCAGCGUGUGCGCCACCACUCGACGAGCUACGAGCCCUCGCCACUAAAUUCAAUUCUGCGCCCUUAUCAGGGCCACAGUGUACCAGUACACAGUGUACCAUCAUCGCAGUUUGGGACCUACCACCGCUGCUCCUCCCCCGCGCGCGCCCGUGCGCAGCCCGCGAUCAGCGAUUCUUUUAUCGGGGAGAGAGCGCCCCGCUCGCGCGCCGCGCAUCGCAAUAGAGACGCCGAGCGUCUCCCGCGCCGAACCAGCCGCGCCUCCGCGGCCACGCGAAUAACCACCUCUCGCGCCGGUUUGGGCGACGCCGAUGCCCAGCGCGCCCCGCAGGCCGCCCCGCCCGUCCGCAUGAUAGCCGUCCCCCACCCUCUCGCCGCCGAAACCGCCGCACACACCGACACCGACGCCGUACCCAUGUGCAGGGUACAACAAAGGACAACAGCAAGACCCGGAGGCGCUGCCGAUGUCCCGAUGUCUCCAGCAUCACCACCGGACACCGACACCACCACCACCGCUCCAGAAAGGGUGCAGGCGAUUUUUUACUGGACGGCCUCUACCUCCGUCCGGAGCCGCAGGCCCCUCCGUAUUCGGGCGGGGGUCCGCGCGUCGGUUUACCGGUCAGGCGACCCCGAAGCCCAGAGACCGAGGAGGAGGGGCACAAGCGCCCCUGUCAAACCUCCCCACAUAUACAGCCCACCCCCUCGCACAGAGGGACCCAAGACUGAGACCGAGGGACACGCAGUUUGCCGGUCCAAGAGAAACGCUGUGCCAGCUCCCUCUUAUGCAGAGGCAGCCAGAGCGCCUACUCCACCGCCUGGGACAUCGGCAGGGACGCCCAGGAAUCCAUCGCUGUCGCAAGCUACCGCAGCGCCCCCUCCCCGCGAGGCGAAGAAACAGAGAGUCCCGCCGCUCAUAGUGGAACAUCUGCCGGAUUGGGUGCGUCACUUUCGCACUCUGAAGGGCAGACUGAACUCGCCCCUAACGCGCGCCCCUACGGAAAAGGGCUGGUUCUCCUACCAGCUGCCGGCGGAAAAGAGUGUGAAGGUGGCCAUCCGCGGAAUACCAGCGGACACACCCGUCGAGGAGAUAACCGAAGCCCUGGCGGAGCUUGGACAUUGUCCAGAAUAUGUCCGCCAGAUAAAAAUAAUAGGGCCGCCCGGUGCAUUUUCUACGCACAACUGA